CAAAUAAUUUGAGGGUCUGGUAUGAUAUAAAGAUAUGAUUAUAAAAGAGUUCCGAGUCGUUCUGCCCCUCACAGUUGAGGAAUACCAAGUCGGUCAGUUGUACGCCGUUGUAGAAGCCAGUAAAGCAGAGACUGGCGGUGGCGAUGGCGUAGAGGUGCUGAAGAACGAGCCCUUCACUGACCACCCUGAGUUCGGUAGUGGACAGUACACUCAUAAGAUCUAUCAUCUGCAAAGUAAAGUUCCCGGAUGGAUAAAAGCGAUCGCCCCCGAGGGAGCCCUCAGACUUCAAGAAGAAGCUUGGAAUGCUUAUCCUUACUGUAAAACUGUUCUUACAAAUCCAGAUUAUAUGAAGAAAGGAUUCACAUUGUCGAUAACCACGUGGCAUAAGCCCGGAAGAGGAGAGAUAGAUAACGUUCACAGUUUAGAGGCUUCAAAACUGGCACUCAGAGAAGUUGUGCCUAUUGAUAUCGCCAACGAUGUGAUCAAAUCAGGGGAUUACAAAGAAGAAUUCGAUCCCGCGAAAUACAACCACCCGCGAGGGCCUCUUACCACUACCGAUUGGAGGCAAACUGUGGAGCCUGUCAUGACCUGUUACAAACUGGUGGAAAUAGAGUUCAUCUGGAGGCUCAUUCAGGGGAAAGUGGAGCGAUUUAUCGGCGAUGUUGAAAGGCGAUUGUUUACAAACUUCCAUCGUCAACUCUUCUGUACUCAUAAAACAUGGGGUAGUAUGACUAUGGUAGAUAUUCGAGCUCUGGAGGAUACCACCAAAGCUGAACUUGAUAAGCAACGAGAGAAAGAAGGCCUGAAAGGAACAGCGGAGAUGUAGGAAUUUCGAUAGAUAUAAUUUAGUCGAAGUUUGAUGCAUACAUUAUCAAUUGUUGUUAGACUCUUUUUACCUCUUUUGUUGAGAUUCUCUUACAUAUUUGCGUAUUAAAGUAAUAGCAUAAUAUAAUAAUAAUAUGUAUUUGUACAAUAAUAAGUUGUAAUUAGAUAAUUGGGGUUUGUUUACAUUUAAAUUAAUUCUUUAGCACUUUUAUGACAAACAUGAAUCAGAAAGACACGACCGUUGCAAAUUGCAUUGUGGGUCUCGGGCUCGAUCUCUAUACGUUAUAAUAUCGUGGUGUUGUUGUGUUAAUGUUGCUUAUUAUAUAUCUAAUAUAUUAGUGAUGAUUACAUACCAGACCCUUGGGUUAUGUUUAACCUGCUGCCAUAAAAACAGAGCUACCUUAUUUAUAUCUCUUCUGCUUUUUACGCAGUGAUAACUAGGCUUGUUUCAUUAAUGAAUGUUUAAAAAAGUGAAAAUGUUCAACAACUGUCGUACAAUACGAUCCUUUUGUAGUAAAUUAUCAGAAA